GUCAGGCAGUGAGAAUGAAUGUUGUCCUCCAUGGGUGAAAGAUACGACAACUUAACUUAUACAGAGGUUAAAGUACCCCCAGCCAACGGGAACGAAUUGUGAGAAUAGAUUUGGUCUUCGAGUCCCGGUCAUUGAGGUUGGGUUUCGCUGUCCAUGCCUACCUAUCUGUAUUACUUCUGCACCUGCAUGGAGGCACUUCCGCCCCCCUCCCACCUUCCCAACCCAAUUAAGACGGUGAGUAAUACUCUUGUGGUCUGUACGGAGUACGAAGUACGGAUACCUGUCAGGCAAUUUCCAACGAGGGGAAGAAUUCCAAGCAGAACAAUGUCAACAGCCAGCACCUGGCAGCAGAAGCCAUCUGCCAGACAAUGCCUUGCCGGGGCUUUCGUUGGAUCCCCCCUCUUCUCCCAGCGGGGAACGGCACAAGUCUGUCUCGUCCUCACUGGGCAUGGGAAGGGAACCCGUGAUGAUGAUGGGGAUCCAAUGCUAUUUACAGUGGAAUUGCAAUGCUCCUGCCAGGACGAGCGAGUGGACACCAACCUUGGCCCCCAUUGGCGCUUCAGCCGAGGAGUCAAGUUGACAUCCGUGCACGGUCCACUACAAAGAUGCCCGCGCAGCGGAGAAGAAGGAGGGGCUUCACAGCAUUUUUGGCCGCUUGGCCGAGCAGGAACGAGGUCCCCAUCGAGACUCAGGAGCAGACAAUCUGACCCGGGACGCGAGACGUUGCCUUCCUGUCGAAACCUUACCCCCAAAGUUUUCUUACAUAAGACACCCAAGCACCAUUUCCUAAAACCUUGAUUUCCAAGCCCGAUGAUGACGGUCAAUUCCUGGACGAGAGAAGGUCACUAAUAGAUACAGCUGAUCUAGUGUACGGAUGGAUAAGGUACCUUGGGAAAGCUGUGGUCGACAUCGCAAAAAAACAUCCGAUCACCUGCAACGUCACGUGGAUCUAUCUGGCUGAUCUUCGGCCAUCUCCCUCCUUGGGAUGAUCUCGAAACGGGGCUCCACCAAAAUUUGGAUAUACGAGUUUACUUUAGAUAAACGCCGAUGCAAGCUUCGGGAAAGAUUGAUCUAAAGUAACAUUGCCGUCGUAUGUAA